UUACAUUUAACGUAAAGUUAACCUUUAAUUUUUAUUUUUGUUUAUUAUUUGAUUAUCCUGGCAUUUUAUCCAAUAUCAACAAUGUACUUUGUUUAUCAUUUGACUAAAAUUUUAAUAGAUCUAUGUGAACAAACGAGUUGUAUAAUGGAUUUGUAACUAAUUUCGAAAAAUAAUGGAGAUCGAUGACAGACUAGCGGCACAAAUCCAUGGAAUCAUUAGUUCUGAUUCAGACAGCGAUUUCGACGGCAAAAGAGAUUUCGAUGAAGAAUACAACUCCUUAAAACCACCUCCAUUUGAUUACGAGUCAAUACGAGAUAGAAUCGUGGUCAUUUCUCAAAGAAAAGUAGUAAACAUCUGGGAAGAACGGCAGAAGAGCAUACAAAAAAAUUACCAAGUAAAAAUUCAAGCUACGAGUAGUGAAACAACACCGAAGAAGAAAAAGAAAAAAAAAUCAAAGUCUAAAACAGCCAAUCAAGUGGAAUAUGCUGCGAUUGCAACUCUUAACUUAAAACUCUCCAAUGGGUCUCCAUCCAAUGAAUCAAAAUCACCUAAAAAUAAAGUAAUGAAUUUAAAAAGUAAUACCCAAACACAAACUUUUGAUAUUUUGGAUACCAUGUCAAACAAUCAUAAAUCCGGUAAAAAGAAAAUUACACCCCUUGAUAUUGAUUUUCUUGACAAUCCUAGAAAAUAUGUAACCCAUAAAGCUAGUGUAAAUGUAUGUAAAGGGGAAACAUGCGAAACACUGGAAAAUACUUUUGAAGAAAGCUAUGCAAUAAUGGAAAUAGAGUCUGCGUUUAAUGGUAACUUGAACAAGAAAAAAAAGGAGCAACCUCUUAGCUAUGAUUUUGAUAAUGAUAACGUAGAGAAAAAUACUAAUCUAACGCAAUUUGAUGAAAAAAAUAUAAGAACAUGGGACGAGCUAAGAGAAAAAUAUGCAUACUUAGAAAAUUGUGCAUCAAAUAAUACUGAGGAUUCUGAAGGAGAAAGUGAAGUUUGGGAAACGCCAAAAAGAAAGAAGACAUUUCGACGGUUUGAUUUUUUCAACUAUAUAGAUAGUUUUGAGGAAAACGAAAGUGUGGGAUUGUGGGAAGAGGAACAAAAUGUGUUUCCAUACCUGGAGGACUGUGCAAUAGCUGGAGCAAAAUCAGUCAGUGGUAUAAAUAAACCUAAAAGAGAAAGUCACACUUGGGAAAUACCAAAAAGAAAAGAAGAAUUUCAACCAUUCGAUGAUUUUCUCAGCAGUACAGAAAAUUUUGAGGAAAACGAUAAUCUAAAAAUAAAUGAGGAACCAUGGAAGGAGGUACAAAAAAGCCUGGAGAACUGUGCAAUAGAUAGAAUAAAAACACCCACUAAUAUAAAUACGUCUGAAAAACAAAGCAAAAUGUUGGAAAUGACGAAAUCAAAAUGUGACUUCUUCAGCAACUUUAACUUGAAUAAGAACCUGAACUGCAUGGAUAAUAUUCAGAGUCAUAUUAAUAUAAAAUUACCUGAAGUAACGAGCUCAGCAACAGAGGAUGUAUUACAAGAAAAAUUGCCAAAUCUUACUGCCGCCUUUCCAGCAAACGUAAUAAAUUCUGGGUUCAUUAAUGAAAACUCAAACACUAAGAAAAAGAAAUUUCGCCCUCUUGAUGUCAAUAUUCUUUUCAACAAAGGUUAUAUUGUAGAAGUUGAAAAAAAAACCACAAAAACGAAAAAACCCAAAGGUAAAGCUGCGGAAAUAUGUGAAAUGUUAGAAAAAACACGUAAACUAGAAUAUAUCGACAUCAGUGAAGCUAGUAUACAAUCGCUAGCCAUAAAAGGAAAGAAAAAGAAAGCGAAAAAGAAAUCAAAACAGUCUGCUGAAAAAUCUUUAAUGAAUACUUCUGACGAAAUUAAAAAAGCUACAGAAGAGAUUCUGAAGCGAGUAAAUCAAACAUGCAAAAAAAUAUUGGAAGAAAUAACUGAACAGAUGCAAAUUAUGACCAACUGUCAAGAAAGGUUAAACCAUCUCUUAGAGGAAUUAACAACGGAAGAUAUUAUUGAUAAUAAAAUUCAAUUGUUAUUUUACUCUGAAGAUGUGGUGGAAGUAAAUACAUUAGCAACAGAUAAGAAGAAAACUAAGAAGAAGAAAAGAAAAUCAAAGAAACUAACCGAUAAUGAACCACCAAAAGAUCAAAACAUCUUGAAUAAAUUAACUACUGAUGAAGAUAAAGUAGUAGAAAGUACGAAAAACCAGGAAACCAUGCUGGAGACACAAUUGGAUCACUUCUCUAUCAACGAACUGAAUAUCGAAAGCAUACAAUUUAGUUUAAAAUACAAGGACAUCAGUAUAACAGCACCAAUUGAAGAAACUAAAACCAAGAAGAGGAGAAAGAAGAAAGGGAAAAAGAUAACUACAGAAGAACCACAAAAAAUUGAUUCUUUGGACAAUGUGGAUCAUGAUAUUAAUUCAAACAUUGAAAGAACAGAUCAGGACAUACCUGUAAUACAAAUCGUGGAACAUUGUAAAGAAAAUUCUGCUAAUGUGUCUGAACAGCAACAAAAAACUCAAGAAAAUAUAGACUUUCAAGAAGAUAUCAAUACUACAAAAGGCACAGAAGUAUCUAACGUUUCAAUAAAUACAGAUUCAGUAACAUCAAUUAGCAAGUCUGAUAAAGAUAUAGUUAUUUUGGAAUAUGUUUUUAGUGUAGAAUUAAAAAAUUUCAUACGUAAUAUAGAUUGUUCAAAUAAUAUUAUUUUAAACACAAAUAUCUUCAAUUACGAACAAUUAUACAGAGCAUACACUGUUUUUAUUCAAAAGAAUAAUGAGAGAUAUCAAAGGCUAGUUGCAUACAAAAUUGCUCUCGUUAAAAAUUAUUUGAUACAAGUUUUUGAAGACUUUGGAGAGAUAUAUAUUUCAAAUAAAAAAUCCACUGUUUGGCUGUACAAUAUGAUCAAAGAAUUUGGCAAAAAAACUUACCUUUGUAUGUCAGUUCCGGACAACGUUAUCGACACCAUAACUAAGCCUAAAACAAAAGAUAGAUUCAGUAUAAGAAAAUACAUGAGCAAAUCAUAUAACAAAAAAAAAUUUACCGACGUAAUCUUGGAAACUGUGAAUUUUAUAUAUCAAAAAGAAUUUUCAAGUUUCGGUAAAACGAGUGAAAGUAAAUAUAAAAUAUUUAAACAGCUUUGUGCAUUUUUUAAACAAAACUUCAUAGCACACUCUAAAAAUUGGCAAAUGCAUAAGAAAAAUUUAAGCAAGGUUGUCGAAGUCCGAAAAAACUCAAGUGGCAUUGGAGAGAUUAUACUUACUUUUAAUUUUGAAGAAAGUAUUUCUAUAAGUACACGACUAGAUAUAGCAGCAAUACUCACACAAUCAAUUGAAUUCAUUUCAAAUUUUAAUGAUGAGCAACUAUAUAAAGCUUAUACGACUCAUAUAUUAAAACAGAAAAACCUAAAUAUUGACAACCGACAUCAAAAUACAGUUACACAAACAAAUUAUUUAGAUAAAAAUUCCCCAAUUUAUGUUGAGGCCGUGACAGAUCAAAUUAGGAACAUUUUUUGGGAGCUUGGAAGCAAUAUAUGCCCUAAUAUAUCAAUAACGGGUAGCAUUGUUGACAUGUUAACCAAAAGAAGAAAUAGAUCUCGAAGAAAAGGAACAUGCUGCAAAGGAAAAAUAGAGUACUGCGAUAAUACAAUCUCUACAAUCCACAAGAGUGAACAGACUAUAAAUAUAAUUACAAAUAAAACAUUUGAGAAAGAGUUUCCAAGUCUUGACGAACGGAAAAGAAAUAGUUUCACACACAUGCAUAAAAUAAGUUGGUCUGGAUGUAACAACAAGAAGAAAAAGAGAAAAUUUGUACCUCUUUUACAAUUCACUUCCAAGAAAUAUGCAAAAAAUCACACCAAAUCUAAUAUAAAAGAAGCUAAGGAAAACAUACAAAUAAAUUCAACAAUUGAAGCUGUUGAUACCAAAAUUCCGUCUCCGAACAUUCCAAUACAAGCUAAAAAUUUUGAAACAGUUAUGACAAAACCAAUUGAAGAUAUUGAAAAGAAACAAACAAUAAAUACUUAUUUGGGUACAUCAUUUAGCAAACCUGGCAAAGAGACAGCAAUUUUAAAUGAAGAAUUAAAAUAUGUUAUAGAUAACAUAUACUUUUCACGUAAUAACAUCAUUCCAAACCCAAACAUUUCCAAUUAUGAACAUUUCUACAGUUUUUUUAUGCAAAAGAAUAAAGCAACAUAUCAAAAUCCAGUUUCUUACAAAAUUGCUCUGGGGAAUGAUCUAGUUAAAGAUUAUUUGAUAGAAAAUUCUGAAGCCAACAUUGUUGAAAUAUAUUUUUCAAAGAAAAAAUCCACUGUUUGGCAACAUAAUGUGAAAAGAAAAUUUAGCAAUAAAAAUUACCUUUGUAUGUCAGCGCCCGACAACAUUAUUAACAUCAUAACCAAUCCUGAAGCAAAAGUUAGAUUCAGUAUAAGAAAAUGUGUAGGCAAAUCUUGUAACAUGAACUAUAAUAAAAAGAAAAAAUUAUCUGACAUAGUAACCUUGGAUAUAUAUCAAAACGAAUUGUCAAACUUCGGUGGAUUAUAUGGACACGAUAUCAACACAAAGGAAAAGAAAAUAUUUACACAGUUCUGUGCGUUCCUUAAAGAAAAUUGCACAAAAGUUUCAAAAAAUUGGCAAAUGGAUAAAAAAAAUUUAAACAGUAUUGUCGAUACCCGAGGAAACUCAAAUAUUAGCAAUAACUGUUGCUUUGGCGAGCUUACACUAACUUUCAAUGUUCAAGAACGCCUUUCUAUAAUUAUACGAUUAGAUUUAGCAACGAUACUGAGUAGUUAUGACAUAACUGCAACCUUAAAAGAACUUGACAACUAUUCCACUAAAGAACAUAAAUGUUUCACGCAGUUAAUUAAUGUCAUUCCAAAUUUUAAUUAUGAGCAUCUUUAUAAAGCUUAUACGACUCAUAUAUUAAAACCGAAAAAUAUAAAUAUUGACAACGGACAUCAAAAUCCAGUCACAAAAACAAAUUACUUCGAUAAGAAUGCUCCUCUUUAUGUUGACGCCAUGACAGAUCAUAUUAGGAAAAAUUUUUGGCACCUUGGAAGCAACAUAUACCCUAAUAUAUCAUUGACAGGUAGCAUUAUUGACAUCUUAACCAAAAGAAGAAAUAAAUCUCAAAGAAAAGAAGCGUGUAGGAAAAGAGAAAUAGAGUACCGCGAUAAUAUGAUCUCUACAGCCCACAACAGUGAACAGAGUGUAAAUAUAGGUACAAAUAUGCUUGAGAAGGAGUUUCCAAGUCUUGACGCACCGAAAAGAAAUAGUUUCACACGUAUGCAUAAAAUAAAUUGGUCUGGAUGUAACAACAAGAAAAAGAAAAAAUUUGUACCUCUUUUACAAUUCACAUCCAAGAAAUUUGAAGAAAAUCAUAACAAAUAUAAUAUAAAAAAAACUAAGGGCAUACAAACGAAUUCCACAAUUGAAAAUUAUAAUCCGAGCAUUUUCCAUAGAAAAAUUGAAGCUGUUGAUACCAAAAUUCAGUCUCUGAACAUCCCGAUAGAAGCUAAAAAUACUAAUUUUGAAAACAUGAAAAAAACUAAUACAAUGUUAAAACCAAUUGAAGAUGUUGAAAGCGAACAAAAAAAAUCAAAACAAUUGCCUGCGGAACUGCCAAGUACUGGGUCUCGUAAUAAAGUGUGUCAAAAUAUUGCUUUAGGUUGUAUCAAGAAAAAGGAUACAUUUAAAUUACAAACAAGAAAGAAAUAUAAAGACAGUAUGACAACAAUUUUAGACGAACAACAAAUAAGUAAAGAAAACGUUGGAAUUACAAAUCUAAAAAAUACAAUUAAGGCCAGUUCCAGUAGCGAGAUAAACGCAAGUAUAGCAACAGUGUACAAAGAAAAUUUCAAAAAUCCAGAAAACUUUAUCCAAUCGUUUGAUGAUUUCAAAAAAUUUUUUAAAGAUUCGGCUGCAAUUCUUGAAGAUUGUAAGCAUAUAUCUAAGCUCAUUUCUGAACAAAUGAAAACAGAUAAGUCCACAACUUGUAAUGAAAAUUUAAAAGAUUUUGAGAAAAUGUCGAGAAAAUUUUUCAAAGUCGCCAACCGUUCAGCUACAGUUAUCACAAACUGCCACGAAAUGUGUAAACUUAUCAGUGAACGAAUACAGAAAAAUGAGAUUUUUUGUAACAACUGUAUGGAGAAACCGACUCUUGAGAGAAGUAAAAAACUUCGCUACUGUUUAGGGAAUUUAAACAGCAGUCAGAAAUCGUAUUCUCAAGUAGCGCCAAAACAAAGCGAUUUUACCUUUCCGUCCAAACAGCCUUACGAAAAAAUUCAGGUUGACAAUACAUUUGAUGCUCCAAGUAGAAUAGAAAAAAAUACAUUGUCUGCAAGUGAGCAAAAUCGACACGUUUUAAAUAAAGUACUGACAUUUUCUGGCUUGCCGGUGCGAAAAAACUUUGAAACUUCUGUAGAACAAAAGCAUUGUUCUAAAGAUCCUUUGAAUAGGGAAAGAAUUUCUUUACUAUCAAGAACAUCAGAUAACAAAUUUAUUUACAAUUUGGUAAAGGAAAAUAAUGAUUUUUCUAAAUUUGAGAAGAUGCACACAAAUACAUGCUUCGAAAAUCCCAUUCAGAGAAUCGCAGCAAGAAAACGUAGAAGCAACCAUGGCAAGACUAGAAAGAAGGAAGUCACUUCAUUAAUUUCAUUACUGUUUGUGAUAUUUCUUGUGAUUUUGGAAAUUUUAGUGUUAAGCGAUUGGAGAAAUUUAUCUUUAUUUGAGAAUAUCCUUUGGAUAUUUGUGAUUUCACUUUUUUAUUAUAUCUGUAACAAAUAUAUAAGCAUAUAUGAUAUUUUACAUAAUUAUGGUAUCUGCUAA